UUUAAAAUGAUAGAUUUUAUAAAUUUUCAGGUAUAUAUAAAAGUGAGGAGGCUCUGGCGGAAUCGAGAGAAUUCGUCACAAGAAUGAUCAAUGACAUUGCUAAGAGUCCACACAACUUACUAAUAUGUUGUUUGGAUGAAGAUCCUGAAGUUGUUGGAGAAAUUAUAGGAGCCUCUAUAACAAAAGUUGACAAGAAAGAUGACCCUGAAAGAAAUUUGAAUUUUUCGACAAAAACUAAAGAGGUGGGAGCUAGUUUUGAAAUAAUAAGUAAACUUAUCUCUAGAUACAACGCUUUGAAGGAUCAUAAGCUCGACAUUUUUCUUAAUGACAGAGGAGUUGUAGUAAAUCCAAAAUAUAGAGGUCUUGGACUUGCUCAAAUGUUCUUCAAUGUCAGGCGCCAAAUAUGUCAUGAUAUUGGAAUACCUCUCACUGGAGCCUGGAUGACGGCUGCAGGCUCUCAGAAGGCAGCAGCCCGUGAUGGAUGGGAGACGGCCUACGAGAUGACAUACGAAGAUUUCGGAAAAGAAACCGGAAUUGUCUUCGAAAACGUACCACCGACAUGUAAAUAUAUGACCGGCAAGCCAUUGCAAAUGUAGUUGUUUAACUUUAAAAUAAAUACAUUGCAUCUAAAAUAU